UGGCCUCCCCGGGAGGCCCGUAGCGGGCCUGCUCGCUUGCGCGUGCGCGUGCGCGUGCGCGUGCACACUGGGGCGGCCGGUCAACGCCGGACUGCUUCGGGACAGCCCGCCCCAUCCCUCCACCCGUGGGCUGGCAAUGGCGGGCCCAGUUUCGCUCUUCGGUAUGGUGGGGCUGUUGCUUGUGUCUGCGCUGCCUGGGGUCCUAGGAGACCGCGCCAGUCCCGACCUCCGGGCACACCCAGGGAACGCAGUCCACCCCGGCUCUGGGGCCACGGAACCCCGACGGCGACCACCGCUCAAGGACCAGCGCGAGCGGGCCCGGGCCGGGUCGCUGCCUCUGGGGGCGCUUUACACCGCGGCCGUCGUGGCUUUUGUGCUGUACAAGUGUUUGCAGGGAAAAGAUGAAACUGCGGUUCUCCACAAGGAGGCAAGCAAGCAGCAGCCACUGCAGUCAGAGCAACAGCUGGCCCAGUUGACACAACAGCUGGCCCAGACAGAGCAGCACCUGAACAACCUGAUGGCCCAGCUGGACCCCCUUUUUGAGCGGAACUUCUGAACAUGAAGCUACGGACCAUCCACGAGCUGCUGCAAGACAGCAAGCCGGACGAGGGUAUGGAGGCUUCAGAACCAGGUGAAGGCUUGGGAGGCGAGUCUGCUGGAGGUGGAGACAAAGUCUCUGAAACUGGAACAUUCCUGAUCUCUCCCCACACAGAGACCAGCAGACCUCUUCCUGAGGACUUUUGUUUAAAGCAGGACGAGGAGGAGGUUGGUGACAGUCAGGACUGGGAGGAGCCCACAAACUGGACCACAGAGACAUGGAACCUAUCUACUUCCUGGGAGGUGGAGCGGGGGCUACGGAGAAGGUGCAGCCAGACUGUGGCAGAGGGCCCCAGUCACAGCCCUGGCUGGGAAGGAGGGACGAUAGCUGAAGGUUGAGUAAAACAAAGUCUGUUUUUGUGAUGGGGUGCUCCUGUGUGUUUUUUCCAUCCUAGCUGGUUGUACACACCCAUACUAGGUGCCUAAGGACAACUGGGCCUUCUUGAAGAGCUGUCCUUAUUAGGACAAAAAGAGGCUGCCUUCCAGUGUGACAGCAGAAAAGAUAGAGGGAGCUCCAGCUCUUUUCCUUGUAUUCCUGAGGCCACCCGCAUACCCGUGUUCAGGGCCCAAAAAUCCCUUUUCUCAUAGCAAAACUGAGACAGAAGGGUCUUUCCCCAAAAAAAGAAAAAACUUUACUCAAAUCCAGUGGAAAAAUAAAUGAUAGAAACUAUACACAA